AUGUAUGAUGCUAACAAGGUUGAUUUGGCUAAGGUUGCCCAUAAGUCGGUAUUGUUGGGCUUUGUUGGCUGUUUGAGUGUAUACGGUAUGGUAAAUGGGUAUUGCAGAAUAGGGGUCUUUGUUUUGCUGCUAUGUAUAUUUCAUUAUAUGGAAUUUUUAAGUACUUACUAUUUUAAUACCAGUCAAGUAGACGAUGAUUCGUUUAUAAUGGAGGAUCAGGAUUUGCAUAUGGUUUACAUUGGGUCAUUAGUUGAGUAUGGUGUUCGAAAAGCAAUUGAAUACUAUUUCGAUAUACCAAUUGACAUCAAGGUAUUGGUGGUUAUUGGAUUGGUAUUGACGGUGAUUGGCCAGACUACCAGAAGUUUGGCAAUGUAUACUGCCAAACAAUCAUUUAAUCAUUAUAUUCAAAGAGAACAAACGUCAAAACACCAAUUGGUCACUACUGGGGUAUACCGGUACUUGAGACACCCGAGCUACUUUGGAUUUUGGUGGUGGUUUAUUGGAUUAGAAUUAUGGUUGGGGAAUUUUGUUAUAUUGAUACUUGGAGGAUAUCAAUUAUGGAAUUUUUUCAAUAAACGAAUUGAAUUUGAAGAGAAGUUUUUAGUCGAUUUUUUCCAAAAUGAUUAUAUAACUUAUAGACAAUCUACAAAAACCUGGAUUCCGUUAAUCAAUUAA